AUGCUUCAUGCUGACCAUCCGGUCUUAUCUACCUCAUUAUUGGCGGAAAUGGGUCUCGAUAGUUCAAUCGACUUGCUGCAAAAGAUGAAUGAGAUGGGCUCAAUGAUUGAAAAAGAAAGCAAAGUGGACCUCAGUUUGCCUUUCGACUCAUUCGAAUCGGAUGAAGACACUGCCUCUACAUCUCUCACUGAGUUGUUCUCUUGCUCUCGCCUCGUGCUUCACCAGAUCUGGCCGAAUUUGCUUCUCACUCUUUUACUUUGUCUUCUAUUGCGAGUUACUUGUUAUCUUAUACCAUUGCUAAUGCGUCCUGGACGUUUUCGAGUACAGGGCAAAGCCAAAGGCACCAUUUAA